UGCCGGAGGGACGGUACAGUCUUUAAAUAUGGAAAAGACAAGUUGAGCGUUGACGGCUGUACUGUGCGCUCGGAGAGUAGCACACAACUAAAGAACACAACGUGGAAGACUUUUACACUCGCUGCGAGAGAGCUGCCGCGUUAUGAAAGCCAGAGAAGUUCACUUUGGGGUAGUUAAUAGUGUAUUUGAAACAACCCUGACACCAGAUAGAUAGUUCCACAUCACGCCGUUUUGGCAGAGGCGUAUUUGGACGUUAGGUACAUUUAAGUACUCAUUCAGACGGCCUAAUUGACUCAUUACAUUGAUUGGAAGUUACCAAGAGAAUUGCUCCUUCAGCAGCGCUGCCGGGUAAACAGACCGGGCAACCUUGAAGAAUAUCUGCAGCGUGAGAAAACAGGAGCUGAGAAAAGAGGACAAAAUGAGCGGUGAAAAGAGCAAGGUGGAUGAGGAAGCGGUGGUGGAUCGCGGAGCGUCGUUUGUUAAACAUGUGUGUGAUGAGGAGGAGGUGGAAGGUCACCAUACUGUGUACGUUGGCAUUCACGUGCCCAAGAGCUAUCGCCGGCGGCGACGUCACCGGAGGCGGUCCAAUCACAAGGAGAAGCGGGAGCGAACGACAGACGGCGACAAAUCAGACGCAGAGAAUGUAGACGAGACUCCCUCCCAUGCAAAACCACUCAUCUCUCCAGCGGAGCGUAUCCGCUUCAUGCUGGGCGAGGAGGACAGUGGGCCGCCUCCCCCUCAGCUCUUCACAGAGCUGGACGAGCUGCUGGAAGUGGACGGACAGGAGAUGGAAUGGAAGGAGACGGCCAGGUGGAUAAAGUUUGAGGAGAAGGUGGAGAAGGGGGGCGAGCGGUGGAGUAAGCCCCACGUGGCCACGCUGUCGCUGCACAGCCUGUUUGAGUUGAAGACCUGCAUAGAGAAAGGCACCAUCAUGCUGGACCUGGAGGCAGGCUCCCUGCAGCAGGUGGUCGAGAUGAUCACCGACAGUCAGAUCGAGAGUGGUCAGUUGAAAGCCGACCUGAAGGAGAAGGUCGUUUUCACGUUACUACGGAAACACCGGCACCAGACCAAGAAGUCCAACCUGCGCUCACUGGCUGACAUUGGUAAAACAGUGUCCAGUGCAAGUAGGCUGUUUUCCAACCAGGAGAACGGUAGCCCCGCAACUCCACACCGCAACCUCACAUCAGGCAGUCUAAACGACCUCUCAGACAAGCCAGAGAAAGACCAGCUGCAGAAUAAGUUCAUGAAGAAGCUUCCGCGGGAUGCAGAGGCGUCCAACGUGCUGGUGGGUGAGGUGGACUUUUUAGACGCUCCCUUCGUGGCGUUUGUGCGUCUGCAGCAAGCCGUCAUGCUCGGAGCCCUGACGGAAGUCCCGGUUCCCACCCGUUUCUUAUUCAUUCUCCUCGGACCAAAGGGCAAGGCCAAAUCUUACCAUGAGAUUGGGAGAGCUAUUGCCACCCUAAUGUCUGAUGAGGUGUUCCAUGACGUGGCCUACAAGGCUAAGGACCGGCAGGACCUUCUGGCCGGCAUUGAGGAGUUCCUUGACGAGGUCAUCGUGCUGCCCCCUGGAGAGUGGGACCCCGACAUCAGGAUAGAGCCGCCCAAAUCAGUGCCCUCCGCCGACAAACGGAAAAACAUCAUUGCAGGAGGAGGAGAAGGUGUCCAGAUGAAUGGAGACACGCCGCACGAUGGAGGUGGAGGAGGAGGGGGAGGACACCAUGUGGGAGAGGAGCUGGUGCGGACGGGAAGGUUUUGCGGUGGCCUGAUCAUGGACGUGAAGAGAAAGUUGCCAUUUUUCGCCAGUGACUUCUACGACGCGCUGCACAUCCAGGCUCUCUCGGCCAUCUUGUUCAUCUACCUGGGCACGGUGACCAACGCCAUCACGUUCGGAGGGCUUCUGGGGGACGCCACGGAAAACAUGCAGGGUGUGUUGGAGAGUUUUUUGGGCACAGCGUUGUCGGGUGGCCUUUUCUGCCUGCUGGCUGGCCAGCCUCUCACCAUCCUCAGCAGUACGGGGCCCGUGCUCGUCUUUGAGAGACUGCUCUUCAACUUCAGCAAAGAGAACAGCUUUGACUAUCUGGAAUUCCGGCUGUGGAUCGGCCUGUGGUCGGCGUUCCUGACGCUGAUCCUGGUGGCCACGGACGCCAGUUUCCUGGUGCAGUACUUCACACGCUUCACGGAGGAGGGCUUCUCCGCCCUCAUCAGCUUCAUCUUCAUCUACGACGCCUUCAAGAAGAUGCUGAAGCUGGCGCACCACCACCACAUCAACGCCGACUACAACAUGGAUCUGGUCACACAGUACUACUGCCACUGCAUGCCCCCGGAACCGGAAGGGAACAGCACAGUAUUACAACCGGAUGCCUUGGAUCCCUGGUGGUCGAAUAGCACUGAUCAGCGGCAGCUGAAUGACACGUGGGUGUCCCUGAGCAGGGCGGAGUGCAAGAGCAUGGGCGGGCGGCUGGUGGGGCCGGCGUGCGGCUUCGUGCCCGACAUCACCCUCAUGUCCUUCAUCCUCUUCCUGGGCACCUACGCCUGCUCCAUGGGCCUCAAGAAGUUCAAGACCAGCCGCUUCUUCCCCACCAUGGUGAGGAAGCUGAUUAGUGAUUUUGCCAUCAUCCUGGCCAUCCUGAUCUUCUGUGGAGUGGACGCCCUGGUUGGCGUCGACACUCCCAAACUCCUCGUGCCAAGCGAAUUCAAGCCGACGAAUCCCAAUCGCGGCUGGUUUGUGCCCCCCUUCGGUGGCAACCCCUGGUGGGUGUACCUGGCCUCCAGCGUCCCCGCCCUGCUGGUCACCAUCCUCAUCUUCAUGGACCAGCAGAUCACAGCCGUCAUCGUCAACAGGAAGGAGCACAAGCUCAAGAAAGGUGCAGGGUACCACCUGGACCUGUUCUGGGUAGCGGUCCUGAUGGUGGUGUGUUCCUUCAUGGGGUUGCCAUGGUACGUGGCCGCCACCGUCAUCUCCAUCGCCCACAUCGACUCCCUCAAGAUGGAGACCGAGACCAGCGCACCGGGAGAGGCACCCAAGUUCCUGGGAGUCAGGGAGCAGAGAGUGACUGGCAUCAUUGUCUUCGUCCUGACUGGCCUGUCCGUGUUCAUGGCGCCGGUCCUGAAGUUCAUCCCAAUGCCUGUUCUCUAUGGAGUAUUUCUCUACAUGGGAGUUGCAUCCCUUAAUGGGGUUCAGUUCAUGGACCGUCUGCAGCUGCUCCUCAUGCCAGCCAAGCAUCAGCCGGACCUGAUCUACCUGCGGCACGUGCCGCUGCGCCGCAUACACCUGUUCACCUUCAUCCAGGUGCUCUGCUUGGCACUGCUCUGGGUACUCAAGUCCACCGUGGCCGCCAUCGUAUUCCCCGUCAUGAUCCUGGCUCUGGUGGCGGUGAGGAAGGCCAUGGACUACCUCUUCUCUCAGCACGACCUCAGCUACCUGGAUGACGUCAUGCCUGAGAAGGACAAGAAGAAGAAGGAGGACGAGAAGAAGAAGAAGAAAAAGAAAGGAAGCAUCGACAGCCAGUUGAAUGAAUCGGAUUGCCAUCACCUUGAGAACAUCCCGAGUGUCCCGAGUAUUAAAAUCUCCAUGGAUAUGAUGGAACAGGAGGCUAUGCUGGGAGAUGGUGCCUCAGACAGAACUAAAUCCCCCGCUUUCCUUUCUCCCUACUGAUGGAAUGUACUUUCUGGAGCCCAAGCGUAGGCUAAGUGAGUUUGGAAACUCGUUCAUCUAAUCUGUGCCUCAGAUGAGGGUAGACCUGGAGGAGGUAGAGCAGAGGAACGUUAUUUCUGGAAACUUAGAUCCUUCUGGAAUCGCCUCUCUGAAACUCGCAGGCCAUCCUCGCAGACUUCCCCUUAAGUGACCCUGCUAAGUCGCUCUUCACUACAGCAACAUGUUAACACGUACACAGUCUUAUUAUCAGUUACUUAUGAAUUACUUAAGGUGAUACACAGGGCAACUUUUUGAGCAAUGUUUCUGAGCAACUACAUCAUUGGGUCUUAAUUUUCUGAUAAAAUAAUAGAGAAAAAAUGUCUUCUGCUGAUUCAAGUUCUCUUGAAAGUGUUGUAGUGACAAACUGUCCAAAUAAAAUCUCAUAGUAUCAUUGCCUACAAGCAUUGCUCAAAAAGCCGCCUAGUUGUCAUCACCUUUAGUGCUGCUCUCUUUUGUGUAUCUCUCUGGUGGUUAGAGGAAGAUGCAAUAUAAAAGCUUUAUUUCUUUUCUAUGUACAUGUAUAUAAGGAGUAUGGUAGUUUCUGAGAGUCUUGCAUCCUAUACUAUGAAGAGCACAUGGGAAAGAAUCAAUAGUUUUUAAGGUCUUGCUUUUUCUUCUGCAAGAUAGUACAGCGUGACUUCUCUUUUUUUAUAGCAACAUUUUAGAUAUCUUGACCAAACCAAAUCAUCACAGUAAUGUGAAAGAGAACAAAUAGUGUUUAAGGUCAGUAAUGCUUAUAAAGGAUAUAAAGAAGUACAUGUCAGACAGACAGACUUUUGCACAUUUCUCCCCUUUCUCAGGUGCUGAUUACACCUAUGUGGGUAUUUUUAAAUGUGGAUAUUUUUUUAAAUCCAUUUACGUAUAAACGCGACAUAGGGAUAAAAAUAAAAGCUCCAUUGUGACAGGUGCGAUUUAGACCCCUAAAUGGGGAAUUUUAAAAACCAGAGUUUUGAAAUGAGCAUUCUAAAACUCUGUUUAUGUGUAAACGAGAGGCCAAAACAAUGCGUUUUCAAAAAUAUCCGCAUACGCGUAAACAGCUUCUCAUAGUGGUUUCAUUUUGUCAUCAUGCAGAAUAUUCAUUUAAAGGAGCCAAAGUGUUGUGUGAAAACAAACAAAUUUAAUGUUUGUAUAAAUUUGAUCUCAAGUUUUUCCUGUGUUUUGAAGACACAACCCUGGUAUUUCCUUUAGUGCAGAAGUGUACACACGUUUAUUCGGUAGCUCUACCUCUUGUGAUUUUGACUUUUAGCUGCCAGCCAUUCAAAGUCUGAAGACAAACAUUUAUUUAUGCAAACAUUUAUGUAAAUGCAAUCAUCAAUAUGGUUUGGGUUUUCUUUUUUGCUGGUUUGUUUAAAUAAUGUGGGUUCAAUACUGGACGUUUCCUAUUUUUUAAAGAUUCACUACAAGCAUGUGAUUAACUAUUUAUGACAUUAUUUGUAUAGAAAAUAAUUAUGUAAUCCUGACUUGAUGAUGAAAUAUCAAGACCUGAUUUUUUUGUCUUCUUACUUUGAAGUUGUUAAUAAUGAUCAUUUUAUUACUGUCUGUGAUUUUGUGAUAUAAAGAAUUGUAUUGUAUUGUAUUGUAUGUAUUAUUUUUUAAGAAGUGAUUUAGAUGCAGUAUUGUCUUUUUUUUCUUUUCUUUUCUCUUUUUUGUUUUGUUUUUUUACACAUGACCCCUUGACUGUAGAUUGUGAGAUUCAAAAGCGCAGGCGGUGAGGCGGUUGUUGUGAUGCUACUUGAUUCAUUUGGUGCAAGUCAGGUCAUGCCAAUGGUGGUGAACACUGAUCAGCAUACUACAUAUACGUGCAAAGCUGUGUUUCAGUCUAAUUGAAUCAGUCAGAUUCGUUACCAAAAACCUUUACUUAAAUGAAAAGUGAAUGAUGCAUAUUUAUUAUUAUAUAAGGUGAUGUGAAUGAUAUCGGACUCAGACAGUGGGCCUUGUAUUCAGCUUUGGUUUGGCCCUCAUUACUGAAGUACCGGUAAUAUAAAGACAAUCUUCGCAGUGUGAAUAUGUUUGUUUGCCAUUCGUCAGAGCUUGCGAUGGAUGUGGACAAGGUUGAUUUUGCAUUACGUUUCGGAGCACUAUUCAACAUCAUUCUGUUGGGGUUUUUUUUUGGUCACAUGUGAUCUGACUUUCCGUGUCUGCUCUGCUAGAUGCUGUAAAUUAGUUCUCAAAUUGUCUUCUGUGUUACUAUCAUAUCAUUCAUUCAUGGCGAAAAAGGUGUUGUUAUUAAAGAAUCAAGCCUCGUAAUCACUACAGCAUUGAGCAGGAGACUAAAUCAUAUUGGAUGAACUCAAACGUCGAGAUGUGACAUUUCGACCUUGUACUAUCUCAAUUUUGUAAGAGCCUUGGAGGACUAUUACACAUUGAUUCAAUGGUUUUUAUUGUCAUCCAUAUAUUAACUUGAGAUGCAUAUCAGAAAUAAAAAAUGACUGAUGAAAUGAAA